GAGGAAUCCGGCAACCGUAACGAUCCACUUUCUUCGUUUCAGAGGCACAGUCGUUGUGCAAAAGAUCGCGCGCCAUGUAUCUUUCAAUGUCGGCGUCCGAAUUAGCAUAAUCCAUGGAUUCGAGAUCUUACGAGCGGUAUUUACGUCGGCUACGCUUGGCGCCUGAAUCUAGGGUGCAGUAUUUCGACAGCCGAGAGGGGAACAUAUCGAAUGAAUAUCUCAACGACCAAGAGCUCGAGGCAAAGAUGCCAAAUAUCAUCAGCGCCGUUGAUGAUAGCGCACAGCGAAGUCCUGGGAGUUUAACAGGAAAUCCUUCUCCACCUUUCAUCCUGAUGCAAGCCCAAAAUUGCUCUUUAAGCGCCUCCAACAUAUCUGCUAACUGAUUCAUAGUUCUGCUGCGGGCUACGCGUUAAGGCCGGACAAUCCCCUUCAACUGUCUUCCAAGAUUCUGCGAUCUUUUUUUGAAACCGGCCUCUUCCAUCAACAUCCAGCAGCUAUAAAACAUCAGGCCCAUUGCCAUUCAUGUGCUUCUUCUAGCUCCGACGGGCUUUGAGAUCAUCUACUGCGCCUUGAAGAUCCGGCUGAAGGACCUAGCAAGUGUCUGCUUUCUGGGCUCUAGCGACUUAGCAAUUCUCACAGACUUAAGAGCCAGCUGCCUCCGUAAGGCUUCUGCAUUUCGGGCAUAUCCGCUCUACCUUUUGAACUCUAUUAUCGAAAGCGCGACCGAGCUCAUCGAGUCACGGUCAAACGG